CUUACCUCAAUGGCUGUUUUGAGAUCGGACAUACAAGAAUUUUGAGAAGAUCUGUAUCACUAGAAUUGCUCUUCUCGGAUCUAAGAGAUACCAUCGACGUUGACAAUUGUCUGAUAGCUCUUGAAUGACUGGUAAUCACAAAGAACAUGGCUGCCGAGGAAAUCCAAAAGGAGAGAAGAGAGGAUGGGACGUCAAUGUGGCUGUACAAGGGUCUUCCACCAGAUGUAGGAGAGGAUGAAACAUUGGUGCAGAGUACAAGUAACCCCCAGAAAUUCAUCUCCAGCUUCAUGAAGCGGCACACUCCUGAGAAUCGCAGCUCCGAGGUGCAGCGAAUCUUGAAGCACCAAGAUGUGAUCAUGGAUGGCAUCAAGAAGAAGAAGAAGAAGCAGAAAGGAAAGAAAGGAGGCGUGAAGGAAGGGCGAGGGGGCAUUCCACAGGGGAGAGGGAAGAAGAGACUGAGCUAUAGGGAGAAAAGAAAGCUGAAGCUGUUUGAUAUUCCUGAAGAUCAGCAAAGAUAUGAGCUGUUUGAGCCUCUCCACCAGCUGUGGCUAGACUACAUGAGAGAAGCAGUGUUAGCCCACAACCCAGAAAUGAAGAAUAAGAACAUGCUGGAGUCAAGGUUGCUGAAAUGUGAGCUUCAUGGAUGUAUUUUGACAGUCACUCGCUCCAAGUGUCCAGCCUAUGUGGGCAUAUCAGGUAUCCUACUCCAAGAAACCAGAAAUACAUUCAAGGUUAUCACCAAGGAAAACAAAAUGAAAACUAUACCAAAGAGUCAAUGCUGGUUCAUGUUCACAAUCGACCAAUACGCAAUCACCAUCUACGGCCAGCACUUCUGCCAGAGAAGCAGCAUGCGAGCUGCAAAGAAAUUCAAGGCCAAAACUACCAUCGAGUUAUGACAGCGGAGAUUCUACAUCUGACUUUUAAAGA